UUGCGAGAGGUAACAGCAAAGCCGUGUAUGCGUUUUGACUGCUGUAAUUAAUCAUCUGCGAAAUUCUUCAUUCACUUUAUAAAGCCAGAUGCAAUCCUGGGGGAAGUGACAAUGGCAUAAAUUACUCGACCCUCAGGCAAUCAUAGUUCAUUUUUUAUGCAGCCCUUCAAGAUUUAUAAAGCGCUUUACUUGCAAUAUCUUAUUUGGUCUACACAAUACUCACAGGAAGAGGAUGCAGUAAGUUAUUUUUAUGCUACAGAAAAGUGAACAACUUCAGAGAGGCCGAUACUUGCCCAGGUCACAGAACUAAUAAGAUUGACGUGGGUACUCGAGGAAAAUCAGGUAAAUUUGCUGCCAAGUAGUUUUAGUCUCUCUCUUAUCUCGGGGUCAUUCCACAGCCCCGCCCCCCAACCCCUCCUAAACUGCGUACAUGUUUUGAAGUAUCCAAAUGAAGCCUUGUGAGUUGAACUCAUCCCAGAAAACCUUGCCCUGGGAGGGCCCCCAGGUAGAGCGAUGGUGAGGUCUCCCCUUCCCAGCAAUUAGGUCCCUCCCACAGCCCAUCACAGGUUCGAUUCCAGUACUGGAUCCAUAGAAGGGCUAUCCUUCCGUUGGUUUCCUCCUCCCACCCGUGCUUUUCCCCCUUUCCUUUGUCAGCAUCAGCUAAAACCCGGAGACUCCGUAGUGGAACAGCUCUCGGCCUCAAGCAGAUUUCGGGGUUGGGGAGAGUCAAGUCGGGGAGAGCUUUUCUCUCUCUACACGUGCAAGUAGGCAAUAAAAUCCCAAGGCUGGCCAAGAAGCCCCAGAGUUCACGAGAGACCAGAGGAAAGAAGCUACCCCAUCCAGCAGUCCUACAGGGGCGCAGUCGGGUCCCAGUGAUCCUAUGGAGACCCAGGCUCCUCAGAUCCUAAGUUUGGAGCCUUCGGGGUCGAUACCCUACGAAGAUCCGCCGCUAGCUGAGGAGAGCCCCGAUCCAGCGACCUUACGGCUGGGAAGGAGCGACGGCGGAAACUGCCACAAUUGCCCGGAGUCUCCGGAUCGGAGCCCUCCCUCUCUGCCUAGGGGCAGCCCCCAAUUCCCCAGAAGAGAGGCCAGCCUCUUGGACCCGAAGCUGCUGGAUGCCCGUCGCUGCUGCCGCACCCGCUCCUUUUCGCUUCCUCCGAGCCCCAUCCUAGAAGCAGCCAAGUUAUUGCAGCAGCAGCAGAGGCUGAAGCCUCAGCCCGAGGAUCCCGGUGCCGAGUCGGGCCAGACGGACCAAGAGGAGGAGCUGCUGAGCCCCAGCGCCUGUUGCACCAAGUGCAAGAAGCGGGUGCAGUUCGCCGAUUCUCUGGGGCUCAGCCUGGCCAGCGUGAAGCACUUCAGCGCGGCCGAGGAGCCGCAGGUGCCGCCAGCCGUGCUCAACCGCCUUAAGAGCUUUCCUAUGCGGGAGCGGGACCUGGAGCAGAUUGGGGAUCUGCUGGCUGCGGCCUUCUCCCCGCUCCUGCCGGAGGGGAGCCGCCCCACUCCCGCGCUAGCGCCGCAGCUGCCCAGCCUGCAGCCUCUCUUCAAGCUUCCCGGGCCCGGCGGAGCUACCUCCGAGCGCCUCCUUCUGCAGGGAGUGUGCCUGGAGCAGGUAGACUGCGGAGCGCCUCCUGCCUACGAGGUGAAGGGCUCCGGCAGGGUGUUACGCUGCGCUGGGCCCCGGGAGGUGACCGUGCGCUACACUUUCACCGAAUGGCAUUCCUUCUUGGAUUUGCCUGCUACGCUACAGCCCGGCCAGCCAGCACAGCUGGAAACACAGGGGCAAGAGGGGCAACCCGGCAGAACUUACCUAGACCUAGGGACCAGGAGAUCUGAAGAGGGUGCUGGGGACCCGGGCGAGCCGAACACCGAGCGCUUUCACUUUUCCCUUUAUUUGCCUCCCGGACUGCUCGGGGAGAAGGAGGAGGAGCAGCAAGGCUUCGCCGUCCACUUCGCGGUCUGUUACCGCUGUGCGCUGGGAUCCAAGCAAGGUGAAUCCCAUGAAAGAGGAAAGUUGAUGGAGAGUCUCCAGGAAUACAGUCAGAAAUGGCGAGAAAGAGAAGAGGAGCCUUCAAAUUUUGCCUUGGGAAAGGGAUGCCCAGUAAAGCACGAGACUGGAAAAUUCUUUUAACCAGAGGACACUGCACCUUCCUUAUUUCUCAGAAACUAUGGGCUACGGCGGCCCAGAGAAAAGAAGAAACUCUGACAAUAAUAAAUCAUAGGAAAAGAGGGCCUUGCCUACAGGUCCUUUAUGAGGUGCCCUAAAGCCGAGGGUGACAUCUGUCCAGGGAAUCUCGAGGGUUGGUUUGCACUUAGACACAUAUAUUUCUCAGAAAAGUUUGUAGCACAUGUAGAUUUCUUUCAUUGUGAACUGUUAAAUGCCCAAGAGUCUUUACCUCCACACUUGGAGCUGUAUAGCUCACCCAUUUUUGUAUGAAUGCUUUCCAUAGAGAAGCAUUUUUUAAGGACAAUGUGUUUUCUAUUUUUGCUGCCCUCAAGUUCAGAGGCCUUGGCUGACAAGAUUUGUCAGGUUAAUAAUAUAUGCACUUUAAUUAUUCUCAGUGUUUUUAAAACCGUUACUUCCCUCUUCCCCUCUCCCCAGUGUGGAAAAGCUCUGGUUUUCCAUUAUGCACUGAAAUACCUAAUUUCUGCCAGCCCUAGCUAAAAUACAUGUUUUUUUUUCAGUAGAGGGCAACUGUUUUUUAAAAAAACAAUGUUUUGUAGAUUAUUUUGAAGUGCCAAUCAUUUAGUUGGCUUGUGUGCACAAGUUGAAAAAACCAUUUGUAGUAGGUGUCCAAAUGCAGAAACUUUUAACAGUAGCUAGAUUACAACUACUAUUUAGCUCUGCCAUUAGCAAUUAGAUAUGUUGGAUUCUCUUUGAAGACCAGGAACAAAAAAACAUUUAAAGGUUGUUGUCCUGGAGGCAAUAACUUGACAACCAAUGGUGAUGAAAUCCAGUCUAGCAAGUGAAAUCAGUUAAAUGGAGCCCCAGUGUAACACAUCUGUGCUGCUCAACUGCCACCUGGUUUAUUGACCUAAAUUCUAAUGCUAGACUGACUUAAUGAGCUCUUCUUGGCUGCCAGAAGUUAGAACUAUGUUGUAGCUAGCCAUCCUUGUAUGACUGAAUGAGGGUGGCGAUCUUACCUAAUGAGAAAUUCAAUUCACAUGUCUGUCCUCACUAGUUUACGUGCUAGUUUCAAUUUUGUCUAAAUGAAGCUCCAUUGUUUGUCUAGCACCAUUAGUUAUGUGUGGAAUGAUAGCUAUUUACAGUAUUUAUGGGCAUCCCUGCAGCAAUAAGGAGAAAUAGCAAGUUAAUAAAAAAUCCAUUGGGUUGAUAAGAGUUGUUCUUAACAAAGUACUGCCCUCAUAACACAAGUUAAGCUUUUUUCUUAGUGGAUUUUGCCACUUGCAAUGAGUCUUUCAUAGGCAAUACUUUCAAACUGUUUACGUUAGCAGUUUUGAUUAGAAUAAAUACUCCCACCAAAAACUCAACUAAUAUGUGCUAUUAGUGCCAUAUAUUAUUAACGCAAUAAUUCCCUUUUUAUUUAUAGUAAUUUACAACAGCAACAAACCAGUGUAUUUGAAGUACGGCACAAGCCAUGUUUUCCAUUUAGUCUUUGUAGAUUCAUGGAAAACAUGACAAUUCUCUUUGAUAUUUUCUUGUCUCAAAGCAUUCAAUACCUUGGACUGCAGAGAUGUUCAGGGAAUUUAUUUUUGGAUAGGUGUCCUUUAUCUUUAUAAUUAGCAUCAGCAAAUAUUACGUUAAUAGGGGCAUGCAUUGUAAUAGUCAGAAUCUAUUGAAAUGUCAUCAGAUUAAUUUUAAUAAAAUUAAAAUAAAUAUUUUAAUUAUGGAGGGCCAUGUACCCAAAAUCAACUCACAUGCAAAAUAAUUUAAGAAUUGAUUGUAGUAACAGAAGUUUAAACAAAAUACUCUUAAAAAUUAAAAGGGAUUUUGGAGGUUUUAUUUUUUUAUCCCUGUUAGAUUACCCUGUUAUUACAAAAUAAGAAGCCAUCAUUUAAAAGUAGAUAGUCCAUAAUAUCAGCAUGUAAACAUAGCUAACAGCCAAAAGAUGUCUUCAGUGUUCUCUGGGAAAACUUGCAGAGUAGUUUUUCGAAACUACUGAACUGUGGAAAGCACUGUUAAUACCCAUGCCUUUUGUGUAAAUUGGGAUACAUCUUUGCAAAUUACUUGAAGUCAAUUGAAAAUUUUUAGUUAGACAGCUUUAUUUUGAAGACUCUCAGUUUGUAUUGUAGAUCACUUAUGUAUUUUAUAGUGAAAUGUGAGAUUUUACAAAGGGCUAACAUGAGUAAUUCAAAGCCUGUGCAGUGUUGUCUCUGAGGUAAAGGAAUGGGAGGUGUAUGUAUUGCCAAACACAUUAAAGAAAUGUACACACACACACACACACAGUGGAGAUGUAUUUUUUGCAGCAUUAUUCCACCCAUUCUUCAGUAAAUGUUAUUCAGUUUGGUAUUUUAAUAAUUUAAAAUAGCCAUGUAGCUCCAGUGACUAAAAGUUGAAUAUCUGAUUAGCUAAUUCUGCUUUGCUAUCCUCUGUCAUUGCUGAAACACAGAGAAACACUGAACUUCUCGAGAUAGACAUUAGCUCUUUCUUUCUUUGGCAAGACGAUUGGGGUUAAGUGACUAAGCCAGGGUCACACAGCUCCUAA